CGGAUGAACUUGUAAAGAACUUUAAAUUUAUAAUUAAUCUUUCGAUUGUGAUAAAUUAAGAUUAAAUUCAAUUAAUUAGACUCUCUGAAAGUGUUAUCUAAGUGUUGUUGAGCUAUAACGAUGUAGAGAACAGUUGAGUUCUCUAUGUUGAAGAACUUCUAAGACUUUUAUUUUCAGUCGAUGUGAACAGUGAAGAAUAACGUGGUGGUGGACUGUGAGUCGUUGAUGUAUUCGUUUCAUCGCCAGAAGGAUGAUGAUGAUGGACAUGGGCAUGUACGGGACCUACGGUAAGCCAGAUUCAUAUCCCAACUACGUGUUUGCCGGUCAAGGGAAUCACCAUCAUCAGACUUCUACCGUCGGUGGUCAUGUGUCUGUACCACCAUCGCCUGAUCUUGCGCCAGGUCAUUACUAUCCUCAGACUGCAGUGGCUCCUUACUCAUCUUCAUCAUCCGAGAGUUUCUUGACUGCGGAAUCUGGUGCUUCGUCGAGUACACCACCUCAAAGUUUCUACUCGCCGACGGGAGCUGUACUGCACGAGGAUGGUACCACAACGGCAAUCAUUUCGUCAGAGAACGGCUUAAGUUAUACCAAUCUUGAUUAUGCUUCUUCCUCGACAUACUCUGGUCAACAACCGCAACAACAACAACAGCAACAACAACAACAACAGCAGCAACAACACCCACAACAACACGCAGGAUCCCAUGGCUCGAACGAACCCCAUCAAAGUUACCAUGUACAGCAAAACACCUUCAGAGAGGAUCAUCACCAUCAUCACCACCACCACCACCAUCAUCCUCCGAGUCUUCAUCAAACAGCUACCCUACAAACCCAUCAAAGAACGGAAAUUGAUUUGCACCAACCAACCUCUAGUCAUCAUCAUCAUCAUCAUCAUCCUUCUCAUCAUCGACACGAGCCUGAAUAUCAGAUACCAAUCGGUGCUACUCCUAAUUACGUUCACCAAUAUGAAGAUUCUCUUCAUUAUCAUGCACCAAUCAGACAGAACGAGUUCCCGGGACAUCCUACGGGACAUUACAAAGAAGAGAAUCGUGAUCCAACAUCUUAUCACGCUCUCCCACAAGCAGGACAUUCCCAACAACAGCAACAACACCCUCAUCCUCAGCACCCUCAUCAUCAGCAACACUCUCAUCAGCACCAACAGCAACAACAACAGCAGCAGACUCAAGUACCUACUUACAAAUGGAUGCAGGUUAAAAGAAACGUUCCCAAACCUGUUGCCACAAAGACGGCUCACAAUGCUGGUGAUUUUAUUGGUAACACGGUCGGUGGUACAAAUUCGUCGGUUUAUGGAAAUUCAACGAGUGGUACCGUGAACUGUCUUACUGGAGGUCCAUUAGCUGGUAUAACAGGUGGCUUCAACAAUACCGGUCGUACGAAUUUCACUAACAAACAACUAACCGAAUUGGAAAAGGAAUUUCAUUUUAACAAGUACUUGACACGCGCGAGACGCAUCGAAAUAGCCUCGGCCCUUCAACUAAACGAGACGCAAGUGAAAAUCUGGUUUCAGAAUAGACGAAUGAAGCAGAAGAAGAGGAUGAAGGAGGGUCUUAUACCGGCUGAUGGUGGAAACGUCAGUCAACUAACUGGUACGAGGAGUAGCAGCAAUUCACCGACUAGCAAUCACCAAGCAACAACCAAUCAGGACAAUAUUGCUGGGCUUAGCUUAUCAAGUUUCACAAGCGACAAUAGUCGAGAAUCACCGCCUAUAUCGAUCAAAGAUUAACUCGAUCAUUUGUGAUCUUUCGUUUUAAAAAGAAACGAUGAUUGCUUAAAUGAACACUCUUCAACUGGAGAACACCAAAUAAUUGAUAUAUCUAGCCAAUGAGACAAACAAACAAAUACUAUUUCGUUCACCAAUUUUAUUCCUAAUGAUCUUAUUUAAACUAUGACGUUUGUCACGGCUGGAAUGUUUUCAUUUUAAAAUGUAACAUGUUCUAGUUUUUUUAUUUUUUCUUAUAAUUGAUAUUAAACUAGAGAUACAACUCUCAGAGUUUGUUAGUUAGAUAGCACAAGUGUGAACAUUCGUCUUAAUCCCAGGGAAUACUUAUGAUUAAUUGUUAUGUAAAUUAUUACACAUGAUAUACGAGCGAGCUCUUAUUGCUUCGUGCUACAACGUUACCAUUGUAAAUUAUCUUAUUCAAUGAUCUUUAGUAAGGAUAUUUUUAAUUGAUAUUUCGUGAGAUUAAAACGAAAGAAAAUAA